CUUCCUUCACUGCCAUAGGCAUACACAGCUAUCUCCAUGGCCUCCAAACUAUGCCUUCUUGUCACUGCCUUGCUUAUCUCAUACUUCUUUCUCUCCUGCGAUGGGAGACGUCUGAGAGAAGCCUCCAACAAUGAUCAGCCGCCGACUUUGGUAGCUGUGGCUCCUCCCAUUCAAAACAAUGGAGAGAAGGGCAGUGGUGCUGCUUCUCUUACACCAGCGAAAAAUGAAGCUGGAGAAAGUGAUGGAACUUCUAAGAACAAGGAUCGAGUGGCUGAGGAGACGUUCGUGGACGACUAUCGACCUACAAGUCCAGGGCACAGCCCUGGUGUCGGCCAUGAAGUCCAUGACAAUGAUUAAAACGCAUACACAUACGUGGAGAACUUUCGCCCCACAACUCCUGGCCACAGCCCUGGCGUUGGCCAUUGAACUUCAGUUGGAUGCAGUUAGUCAUGAGCGUCCAGUUGUAUAAGUAUAGUUGUGGUUAUAGAUGCUGUAUGUAUUUGCUUUCUUCAUGGUGUGGUUGUAUAAGUUUCUUCAGUUGGGUAGAAGGGACGUGGUUGUGUUAGAAGGGAAUCAAUCAGUUGCAGUAUACUGUAAAUGAUGUAACUUCUAGUUUCUUGUAAGUUAAUUGGUGUGAUUAAUCUAGUUGUAUGAAGUGUCGCUUCUGCUAGAGUCCGACAUGCUUGCUGUAAACUUUG